AUGUGUGUUUGUAUGUGUGAGUGUCAUUAUUGUCCUUCUUUUGUUUGUACUGCAGUCCUCCCUCCUGUGUGUGUGUGCGUGUGUCUUUUCCCGCAGAAUGAGAUGGCAGUCGAGGGGUUGAAACAAUAUCUGCAGCGGUGGCGACGAGGUGGGCGUGUGAGCGGGGCAACGCCAACAACGCCUUUGGUUGACACGGAGCUGCCACGUAGCUUCAGGCCACAUCGCAUCGUUCCUCGCGUUUAUCUGGGGGCUCUGAAGGAUGUGCAAGACACCUGGGAAUUGCAUCAACGUCUUCUACCGGAGGAAAUGCUGUUGAUUGUGUCUACAUGUGCGUGCAGUUUUAUGCCACAGCUGGAAAUGCGGCAAAUACUUCCAGUGAGAAAAAAAUGCAGAGAAAAAGGCGUUUCACCUCGAGUGCGGCGGCUCGCAGUGUGUUCGUGGGAGCAGCUGGAAGAGCGCAUCUCGAAUCCCUUAGACGGCGUGACUUCUCCCGCGGCAGCGGACGAGGUCAUGGUGGCAACGGCCCAAUGGUUGAGACAAUCACUGGAGUCAGGGUCGUUUGUUUGCGGUGGCAAGACAAUGGAAGCGCGGGUAUGUAGAGAGAGGGAGGAGAGUGAUGACGUGGGGUUGGUGUAUUUGAAAUUGUCUCUGCCAUGGAGGGACGAAUCGCCAUUUCCGGUGUGGGAGCAUUUCCAUGUAUCCACAGCAAUUAUGCGGGCGGUGGUGGAUGGAUUGGGUAAGGCGGUGGUGUGUCACUGCAUUGCGGGAGUCUCACGCUCCGUCACGCUGGUCUGCGCGUUCCUCCUCCGCUGCUUUUGUGAUGAUUCAACUGUGAGUAGCCGCCCAUGCACGGCUAAGGAGGCUGUUAAAACAGUCAUUGGCUUUGUGCGUGAAGUUCGGCUAUGUGCGUGUCCAAAUGAUGGCUUCAUGCAGCAGCUUGCGGAGUACACCAGCCGUCUCCUCUCCGCCUCAGUGAAUUUUCCCUAA